UCGGAACACAUCUCAAUCCUCUGUCCUUUUUCGUCAACUCACUUAUUCUCUCUCUCUCUCUCUCUGCUUUAGAUUUUUUCUCUCUCCUAUCUAUAGUAAUUUUUGGCAUCGUGAAAAGGUUAAUCAAUAAAAAAAAAAAAAAACCAGUCAAUGACCCUUAAACCCAUUGAGUCUCUUUCUCUUAUUCAGGGGGCGACAACGACUCGAAUAGAUGAAAAAAACCACAGAGCUUCAGAACAAGCAAACGGCACAAACAACACUUAACAAGUCUCGUUGAAGAGUAUUGGAACUAGGUGUUUAUUUUUUCUUCUAUUUAUUUAUUGGAAUUAGCUGAGGAAAUUUCCAUAUCGUAUCAUAUUUAUGGAGGUGGAGACAGAAUCAUAAUCCUUUGCGGUUUUGGUGGUGCUCUUUUCAAGGGAAGAUAAAAAAGGUAUUUCAAGUUUUUUAAUUGAGAUAUACGUUUCACUAUAUGAGAACUUAACGUCUUCGACCAUUCCUGAUUUCUUGGAGAAAUUAUUUAGGCAAUCCCUCCAGUAUGUGUAAUGAUCCCACUUUGAAUAUGGGUCCUAUUGCAGACACACAUAGUUUACUACUGAGCUACUGCUAGGCCAGAUCAUUUACAUAUUGAAUAUAAAGGAAGAGCUCAGGGAAUCCUAAGGAUUAUGAAUCACACAAAUAUGGAAUCCGUUAAGCCUUCAGCAGUGACACCGCGAAAGAGUAAAUUGGCUCGCACUUUUUCAAAAGUUCUUCAUGUAAAAUCAAUGACUGGAGUUGCACCAAAGAAUGUUAGAGUUGAUGAUCAUGAAGUGAACAUGACAAACAAAGAAGAUGAAGAGGUUAAGAAAAAACUGGUCACAGAAGCUUUGGUUUCAAAAGUUUUUGCUAGCAUUUCAACUGUUAAAGCUUCAUAUGCUCAUCUACAAUAUGCUCAAUCACCUUAUGACCCUGAUGGAAUUCAAGCUGCUGAUAAAUUACUUGUCUCAGAGUUGAAGACUUUAUCUGAGCUAAAGCAAUGUUGGUUCAAAAAACAAUUUGAUUUUGAUCCUUCACUUGAGGGAGCAAUUGUUGUAGCUGAAUCAAAGGAGCUUAAGAGUGUUACAAAAACCUAUAAGAUCAUGGCAAAGAAGUUAGAAUCGCAGGCGCGACUUCGAGACUCUGAGAUCAUGUUUCUUAAAGAGAAGUUAGAGGAAGCAAUUAAGCAAAACAAGUCAAUUGAGAAGAAGUUAAAUCAAAGUCCUACACAUUUUAUAUCAUUAUCUUCACUUGAUAAUCUUCAUAUUUCAGGACUAAGUCCUACACAUUUUAUAUAUGUUCUUCGACACACGGUUAGGUCGAUUCGAAGCUUUGUGAAGUUGUUAGUGAAUGAGAUGAGAUCUUCUAAUUGGGAUAUUGAUGCAUCUGUGAAUGCUAUUGUUGAAGAGAAUGUGGUUUAUUGGAAAGAAGAUCACAAGUGUUUUGCCAUUGAGUCUUUUGUUUGUAGGGAAAUGUUUGAUUCAUUCAACUUCCCUAAUUUCAAUCUUUCAAAUGAGUCAAUUCCUGAUAGAAACAAAACACAAUUCUUCUUUGGGAGGUUCAAUGAGUUAAAAUCUAUGAAAGCAAGGGAAUUUCUUGCUUUGAAACCAAGUUCAACAAGUUUUGCAAAGUUUUGCAGGGUCAAAUACUUGAGACUAGUUCACCCAAAAAUGGAGGCAUCUUUUUUUGGUGAAAUGAAACAUAGGAACAUUUUGAAUGCUGGAGAAUUUCCACUUGGCAAUAAUUUCUUCACAUCAUUUGCUGAGAUGGCUAAAAGGAUUUGGCUCUUGCAUUGCUUAGCAUUUUCUUUUGAACCUCAUGUUGAAAUCUUUCAAGUAGGGAAAACGUGUAGAUUCUCUGAUGUGUACAUGGAGAGUGUUGUAAAUUUGAAUGAUGAAGUAGUAGAAGCAGUGGAAUCUGAACCACAAGUUGGUUUCACUGUAAUUCCAGGUUUUAAGAUUGGUAAAACUGUUUUACAGUGCCAAGUUUACUUAUCACAGAAACAAGCUGAGGGUAAAAAUGUCAAUUCCAUGAAGCAAAGGUAGCAGCAAAUGUGACCCCACAAUACUUAAUAGGUUUUGAACUGGAAGACAAUAUUUUGAGUUGGGAACUGAGUGAUCUGUGGCAUGGUUGUCCAUUUGUAUUUUGGCCAUUUUGAAAAAGAAAAGCGCGUGAAUCUUUGCAUUGGGAACCACCCUUUUCUUUUAGAAUGUUUUUAUUUAUUAUUAUGGAGUUUAAUUUUAAAGACAUGCCCCAAAGUUUUGUUGAUAUUAGGCCAGUGGCAGGGAUUGUUUAGCUGUUAUGGUAUCUCUACCUGAUAUUGAAUAUGUUAUGUAUAUAAUAUAAUAAUGUUAAUUAGGUGGUAAUUGUUAUCGCCCCUGUUUCAUUUCCUUUUAAU